AUGGCAGAUAGCGACGCUCGCUCUCCUCACGAGCCCUCAGCGCGUGCGCUCGUGCCGUUUUCCUUCCGCAAUCCCUUCCACAAUGCACUUUGUGACAGCACUCGUUGGUUCCCAAUCGCUGGCAAGCGCAUUCGCAUUGAUCAAGCUUGGCAGAACGACGGACGAGGCGGCACGGCAUUAGGGUUUGGCGCGUCAGUGUACGAUGCAGCCAUUGCGUUGUCGCUGUACUUGGCUUCCCAUCGAGAUGUGGUGGAAGGAAAGUGGAUAAUUGAAUUAGGCGGCGGUCCAGGUCUCGUUGGAGUCGUAGCUGCCCAUUUGAAGCCCAGGGAUAUCGUCAUCACCGAUGGAGACCCUGCGUCUGUUGCACUAACUCGACGAAAUAUCGAGCUCAACGGCCUCUCUGAAAGUGGUUGCACUGCUGAAAAGUACCUAUGGGGUGACGUGGACCAUGAACUCGUUCCAAGGAUUGGUGGCUGUGGUUAUUACGACGUGAUUCUAGGUGCUGACAUUGUCGCAUGUCCAUACGCUUUGGCGUUUGAAGCGUUGAUGAAAUCGCUUCGAAAAUUGGCUCGACCCGAGACGCUGAUCUUGCUUGCUUACAAAAAACGCAUGAACACGGAAGCGGAGUUCUUCGAGGCGUUCGAAAAGGUGUUUGACGCUGAGAUGAUCGACAGGUCCGAAUUGCAUCCUGACUUUCAGGAAGGAGACGACAUUGUGAUUUUUCGAGCGCGUCUAAAGCCACAAUAG